CUCGGUUCAAAACAGGCCCCCUAACAAACAUUGUGGGCCACGGGCGACGUAUUCUUCGUAUGCGGGCAGGAGCAUGGGCAAUUUGCCAGGGCCAAAGAUAGCAUAAAUGCCGGGACUUCCAGAGAAAUUCGGACCAACUGACGUGAAGAAGACGCAGCCAGGGAACCCUCCCCCCUCCCUCUCUCUCUCCCUCCCCCUUUUGGCUUUGCGGAACACCUCCAGGUUGAACAACGAAGACAACUCGACGUAAGAUCCGAAGGUAUCGAAAUCGACGUGGAACCUUGAACUGAUGUAGUUGUUAUGGACAUUUCCGUCACCGUUCGGGAGUAAUUGCCUGGUUGACUGACAAGGAUUCCCAGUUGAAUUUUCGUAAGCCUCACCUUUACCUGAAACCGCACGCCAGUGAAUUUCCGCUUGGUGCAGUCAUUGUCCAUCGUCCUCGUUCAUUUUUGCUAUUUCCCUUUAGAACCACCCGUGCCAACCCGUUUUAAUUUCGAAUCGAAGCCAAUUCUCCAUAUCAUACUGAAUUUAAAGAUUGCUUCGGAUGGCUAACUUCCUCUAGCACGAAUCGAACUGUUUGUGUAUUUGCGGUUUGAAACUUAGAUUCUAACUUACCUCGCAAAUACCAACGUACCACCUGACGAGAACGAUUAAAAAUAGGCUACCUGAGCGACAGCAGCUGCGGGCGACAUUUCGCAUCAACCGGAACAAAUCGCAUUGCGAAAAAGGCCAAAUAUCCAGAUUUAGACGUUGACUGUGAUUUUCAUUGAACAGGGCUUUAGGCUUCGUUCGUUCGGUGGAUCAAGAACGAAGGAAAUUGUUACGAAACUACAAAGUCGUCAAGGAGGGAACACACGACUACGCUUCUGUGAUUUGACCAGUCGUAGCGGGAGUGUUCACCAAUGGAUGACCCCACAAAUGCAUAAGCUUCUGGCAAGAUCUUUUGUCUCAUAUCUCAAUUAGCCUUUACGAAUCUCUAGUUUCCAAAAAAAGACUGCCCCAAGCGGCUUGUGGACGUAGCCACCUCGCCUGUCCCGACUGUACAGAGAGGGUCGCAUGGACGUUGCUACAGAUCACGAGAACAAUGGCAGAUGUGGCUAAAAGGUAAAAGACGCUGGCUCUUAAAGACCUGAUAAUGACAGUAGGUUUCUAGAAAAUGGAUAGCGGUUGCUGUCGUUUCAAUAAAGGCGGGAUGAGUGUUAAUUCUGCGUGCAAGUCUGUCAGCUUGACUAGAAGGACCUCUGGCCUUCCCUUUUUCUCCUUCCAAACCAGCUUGUCCUUUGCAUCCUAAGACCACAUGAAAUAGCCUUUAGGUGAAGAUUGUAGGUCGCAUUACGUCAGUCAGGCUCAAGUGGUAGGACAUACUUUUAUCAAACAGGAAGCCCGGAGCGAGAAUGUCCUAGACGCCACGAAACUUAAAUAAAUACAGAGGAAGACAAAAAAAAUGGGGAAACGUGACGAAGGAAGAGUCCGCGUCUUUGUGGAUGCACGCCACGCUAUAAGUUACACUAAGUAUUCAUUCUGCAACAGUAACAGUGGUAGCGCAGUAGUAACAGAAUAGACAAGUGGAUUUGCCUUACAAGGAAAUACCUACUCGUGGAAAGUUGACUUGUCCUCGCGACCUAGUCAACCCUUGACCCAACGACUCAUCGAAGAUCCCGGUAAAAACGGCGGGGCAUGACCAAACCGUUUAGGAUCGGAAGCUGCUGGGUGGGCGGUCGCUUUUGGCUAGUCUCUAAGCCAAGAUCGUCGCUACUGCUUGAGAGGUUUGGUCUAGUUCACGAGGCCUACGUACCUACCUACCUGCUACCAGGCUGGCUCGGCUAAGGCGAGAUGUGGAGAACGUCAUUAGGGAACGGCGGGAAACUGGGUAGGCUACCUCGACUGUCUAGAAAAAUUGCUCAUAGAGGCGGUCGGGAGGCCACCAUCCCGUGGCUGCAGCAGUUACAAGCCGUUGUUGCUGUGUUCGUACGGCAUCGAGAACACGCGGCAGCGGCGGCAAGUCGAGUGGAAAGGGCUUACCUUAGAACGCGCAUGCGCCCAAAGCACCCUGCCGGGAAUACGGCCGUACCACACCGACCGCUCUACAGCAAAGCAAAUGAGUAGACCGAACCAAAAGAAGAGACAGUUUCUACAGCGUGGCGAUAUUGCGAGUCCUGGGUUCGCGUCUGUGGUUGCAACUUCUGUGUCCACCCGUGCUUAUGUUGCUACUGUAGUAAGUGCUGCUACUGCUGCAGAAGUAGCAGUCGAAGAUGAGUUUCAUGUGCCAGAGAAGACCAAUACAAUGCUAUUGCUACUAAUGUUGUAGUAAUCUGUACCAAUGAUGAUUAACCUUCGGAGCGCGAGCCUGAUUAGAAAGCUGUACUACAUAAAUAAUUGCUUAAGCUAUUGGUUGGUUUGUCCGUAGACUCUUAAGUGCGAUGCUUUAUCGUGCAGUUUUUUGGCCAGCGUAGCCAACUCGCCUGUUUUCGUGUCAUCGUGCCAUGUCCUUUGUGCGGUGCUCCUCACGAAAGCCGACAGGUGGAUGCUACAAGUGUGCUUGCAGCUACUGAUACAGAUAUGGUCCGCGACCGCGCCGGGCUUCAUGCUGCUCUGACAUAGAUUGUGCUUCGAAGUGCUGAGGGAGGGCCACAAAAGGUCUUCGAACAGGACAUCAGAGCAUGGAUCGGGUGUACGUGAAAAAAGAAGGCGCUACGCAGACAGCUGAGACGAUCGCGCCUGCGUCGCAAGAUCGGGGUCUGGAGACCUGUACUCUGCGCUUCGUCCGUUGGCCUGUGGCCAAAACGGCCUGCGGCCAGCGUCGUCGGAGCGAAGUGACGGCCACCAUGGAGAUCGCGUGCUGCCUCAAUCAAGAGGCUAAAUUACAGCGCAAAGUCAAUGAUGAAAUCGAAAAGCAGCUCACGCGUGAGAAGACCGACUUAAGCAAGGAGACGAAGUUCCUGCUGCUGGGUCCCAAUGACGUGGGUAAGACGACAUUUAUGAAACAGAUGCGGAUUAUCGGUACAACAGGCUACGAAAAAGAUCUCGGUGAACAUGUUUGCCCAGUUUUUAUUGAUCUCGUUCAUGCGAUGCAAACUAUAGUUCGAGCAAUGGACCUACUCGGCAUUCCAUACAGAAAUCCAGCGACGGUCGAGUGUGCGAUGGUUGUUUCGUCGGUGCGGGCCUCGGACAUCAGCACCGCCUUACCGAUGAACCUGGUAGAAGCGCUUCGCCGACUCUGGGACGACCCCGGAAUUAAGGAGUGCUACAAACGCCGUAUCGAGUACGGCUUAGGUGAAGGAGCCCAGCACUUUGUCAAGAACAUAACCCGCAUUACAACGUCCGGUUACGUGCCUAGCCAAGAGGAUUACCUUUGUAUCAAAACACCAUCCAAAUAUAUCAGCGAAUAUAAUAUGAUGCUUGAUGACGAGUUCCCCUUGCGCUUCGUCGAUGUCGGCGAGCAGAAAUCGGAAACGAAGAAGUGGAUUCAUUGUUUCGAGGACGUCGGCGGCGUCAUCUUUAUGGUGUCGUUAUCCGAUUAUGACAACGAGGCGAAGAUGCUCGAGUCACAGAAACUAUUUCAGUUAAUUGCUCGUUCGAAUUGGUUUACUGAAUCGCAUAUACUGCUGUUGCUCAACAAAAAGGAUGUCAUGGAGGAGAAAGUGAAACACGGUAUGCCCUUUAGCGACAUUUACAAAGAUUUUCACGGUGUAAACAGCGAUGUACGCUCCUGUCGCGAAUAUAUGCGCAGAAUGUUCGCCCAGCUCGAGCCGGAUCGCCCGGUCUACUUUUUCUUUACGAAUGCGACCGACACCGAGGAUAUUAGAUAUGUUCUACCCACGUUGCGAGAGAUAGCCAGCGCAAAGACGGGCACCCGAAAUCGCGAGGUGUCAGAUGCCGCUACGUCCACGUCGGCGAUGGCUGCUGUUGCGGCGGCCAUGAACGGCGUGUCCACGGCGGCAGCUGUGGGAGCGAUCGCGUCGCCAGGACGAGCACUGGUCUGUCCCACAGGGUCAGCCACCAAUACGGCAGCUCUCGUACACCCCCUGGACAAUCACGAUGAGCACGAUCCACUACCGUCGACCCGACCUCCUCAACUCCAUCAGCUGCCGCCCACGGCCAUCGUACCGUUAGAAUCGCCACUAAUUUCAUUAAUAAGCCCUCAUCAUCCGAAAUCUGGUAAUAUUGCCAGCGUCAGUGUUAACCAUCCGUAUCCGCCCCAACACUUGCCUAUGACGACUGAUCCUGCUGCUGGCCGGCUUCACGCCCAUCUGCAAGAUCAUCGUCAUGUCAGCUCACAGCAGCAGAAUCACAGCCAUCAUCAUCAGAAUCGGUAUUACCAUCGUCACAAUAAUCAGAACCAUCAAAACCAAGUGGAGGAUAUCGGCAACAAUCCGUAUGCGCAGCAUUAUUCGAUAGCCACUACACCGCCCCCGAUGCUACUGCAGAACCGGUUUCACCCACACCCCAGCAGUAAUAAACAUAAACACGAACAUCAGAAGCAUCAUCAUCAUAUACACCAGCAUACAAACAAUCACAUACAUCGACAUUAAGUUAAGUGAAAAAGGAACUAACAGAGAUCUAUAGUACGCCAGUAAAUGGCCAUAGCUUGAAAUUGUAAUCCGAUUAAUAUCCAAAUAAAUUUUAUUGCUACUGAGAACCAAUGAUCAAUUAGACCAUUGCUAUCGAUAUGGUGUUUUGUGUUCGUUGAGAAAAGUAUAGCGUACUCAAAGAUAGGGCGUGAAGGUGUUCGUCUAAAAUUAUGCUGAUAACUUGAAUAAAUACUAACAAUAACAUAAACAAUAAUCAUGAUCUAGUUUAAACAAGACUUUUCUUGUCUCGUAAGCGAAAAAGUCAAAAAAAAAAGCCAAUACUAUCAAAUGUACGCUGCUGAACAUCAUCACAGUCUUCGCUGUAACAUACUGACAUAUCACAAACGUAUUGGUGCGCGACAAAUUACAGAUACGGAUGCCCGCAAACCCAUUCUCGUGGAACAGAGCUGAUAAAUUGUACGGCCAAUGGUGAUAUAGACCAAUUAUGUUGUUGCCAAUGUGCAGCUAGUAUAUCUUGAUUAUUAGAUGAAGUUGAUUGCCCAUAAAAAAAAUAGCAAGUAGCCCGUCAAGACAUGACGCUAUGGGGAGAUAGUUCAAAAGCCGGCUGACAGCCACAAUAAUGAAACUAGCCAGACACCUAUAGCCCGAUCAUUAUCAUCAUCCGAUCUUUUUUUCAGUGUAAGCCCAUAAGACCACAACACGCCCAUUCUAUUCUGCCUGUGUGUAGUCAACUUCGCUGCAACCCCCGAUUUUUACUGCUAAACCCCCGUAGACAUGAAAUGAUCAUGAUGGCUUAUUAACUAUUGCUGGCAGAUUUCAGUUAUAAUUGCUACUAGCUAUUAACAUACAUUAUUAUAACUAUACCUAUAUAUACCUCGGCAAAAACUCUUUGUGACGACACGAUCUGAUUAAUAUACCGAUAACAGUGUUCUUCACGACUGAUAAUGCUCAUGCAACUAACAAUAAUUGAAUUAUAGAUCCGAUAUAUCAUAAGAGGGACAUUUAAGAGAUGAGAAACAACCGUACAGUUUACUACAGAUUUCAGUCUUGAGGAUUUCUGUUAACUGCGAGUCGUCUGACUCGGUGAAGCUCACGUACGCAAUUUUUCUCUAACGCACAUCCACUCGCUCAUGUGUAAUGAUGGUGAAAAGUGAUUAUAGGGAUUUCAAAUAACUUAAUCCUUACGACAACUUACAGUUACUGUUAGAUAGGUCCUAGAUAUCUCGUUUAUCUAUAGCUACGCCUUAUUGCGUAGUUGUUUUCAUAGUAGAGAGAAUACAGUGUCUAGAAUGCAGGACAUCUUUAUUCUUAAAAAAGAUUUGCGCCUUUUGAAAAACUCUCAUCAAUCGGGAAUAAACCCGGUUCGGUGUCAGGCUAGCGAUCUCGCAAAAUAAAGCUACACUUACGCAACCGGAUAACGCUCCGGCCUCAGCGGGCCACUGCGCACAGAAUCACGUGCUAAAGUGGACGAGUAGUACAAGAUAAACUGGUAAUGCACAUACAGCCCUGUAAAUUUUGCGACUAAAUCUAGUGGGAAAUGGUGCUGCCCCUUAGGGGUCGGACCAGUGAACAUAGGUAAAUCAAAUAGGAAGCGCCUUACGUGACAACUCAAGCCCAGUCGACGAAUAGUUGACAAAUAGAAUCGGCCAAGUACAGAAACCGUUGGGCUUCUAUUCACCGAGACGAGCUUUUUGGAACCGGAAGAUCCUCUAAUGAGAUACGCCUGCUAACGUCCGUGUAUCUCAGUUGUUAAGGCUGUUAAAAUUAGUAGAACUAUGUAGCGCGAUGGCCUUUCAAUAGGCAAAUGAAUGAAAUUGAUUUGAUUUAGGUAGUAUAGGCUAGAUUUACAAUGAGAUCAAAUUCAGUUUCAACGAAAGUGUAGACGAUGCAACGUUUUAUUUCCCUAUUAUUACAGAUGACUCAUACCUCACCUAGCUAAGGUGCGCCGUUCCAAAAUUGAUGGGGGCAAUUACCACAUGUAGCAUCAAUGGGCUCUUGUGGUAACGACUAGUGGUGCACAGACUGAGAGUAAAAAAGAAAACUGCAAUAAUAGUCCAAUUCAGUCAUGAUCCAUUCAAAUCGAUCGAGACCGGUGGCUCAGAUCAUCAUUAUAGCAAUGGGAGAUUCCAAACUGGUCUAUCGAGGCCCUAUUUAAUUAUAUCUUCUAUAUACCAUAUUCUUUUAUAUAUCAACAGGUUACGAGGUUGGACCUUUUUUGACGAAGCGCAGUGAACUAUUCGAAAUUACAUAUAUGAUGAUCAAUCAUAGCUGUUUAAGUUAUUGCAUUGCAUAAACGUGCUUACUUGGGUCAUACAAAAUGCCUCAAAAGAAACAACACAUCUGAACUGUACAGCACACCCUAUGUACUUAAAGUGGUAGCAAUACCAUUAAUAACAAUGUACAUAGUACCAUUUCCGUAUGUAAUUCAGCUGACUUAAUGUACAUUGUAAAAUAAUGUUCCAUCUCAUAACAAAUACUGGACACAAGUUGGCAGAACUGAAAGACAAAUAGAUAUGUUAACAUACACCAUUUAUCUACUCGUCACUCAUGUAUUGUCGCCACAUGCCAACCUAAAUUUCCAACGCAACAAGGAACAGGGUCUUUAAAGGUCCUUAAAAGUUCUAAACUAGGGGACAUUAAAAUAGGGGACCUCAAAGGCUCUAAACAAGCUAACGAAUACUGUUGGCAAACGUACUGCUGAGCGUGAGCAUUGGGACAACAGUGAUCGUAGAACUCAAAUUUAUGUCGCUCAGAAGCACCAGAGCAGACGAGAACCAAGACGUUCCAUGCCAUGUUGUUUAAAGCAGAGAGAUACGUACGCCUCUAGUAAAUACAACAAAUAUCGACGAUAAAAACUAUGGGGGCAUCACAAGAAUUACAAAGAGGGAACCACACUCAAUAGGCUAGCUUUAAUUCAAUGGUUAUUUUCUACAUUUAAUGCAAUUCGGCUGGUAGUUGUUGUCGUCUAAAACUUUAGAAAGUACAUAAUUUGCGAAAAUACGAAAUUUCUAGCAUUCAAAAUAUACCGAGAUUUAUAUGACAAAAAUAUCACGACUGCCGGUAUUACACAGGGUCCUAUACCUUAAAAAAUGAACAAAUCAAAACGUCAAAGAUCCUAGCCGGAACAGAAGGACUCGCUUAAUUUCGCAUCUCGUUAUACCUGACAAGUCGCUGAUAGAUCAGGCAGUGAAAUAUGUUAUGCAGUUCGAAUACCAUAAAAAUAUAGAUAAAUUUAUUAGCUAAGAAUGUAAAACGUACAAGAAGCACCAAUUGUGAUCGCUUCAUACCGCUGUGAAUUCUGAUGUUGACCAGGCGGAUCAGCGCUAAAAAAGAAAUUAUCAGAGAGAUAGAAACAAAAACUUAAUCGAAGCUCAUCUCAUUAAAUACACAAGUAAUAGAACUUAUUCGCUAUAGAAAUGAAGGGAGUAAGUAGUCCUUAAGCCCCUAAUACUGUUUGUUGUUGUUGUUGUUGUUGUUGUUGUUUACCCAUUGCGGAAAAAUUGGUGCGAGGCCUCCACCGCCAGGGAUUACGGGCGGCAUCACCCCGGGGUCCGUAUAACUAAUCUUAAUUUAGCUUCCCUCUCAACUCUUUCGCUAGGGGCUUGUAUAAUGAAUUGUACAAGUCCUUAGCGAAAAUAGGCAACAACGUGAGAACUCUUUGUUUUUUCUCAAUGGCAGACAUUUUCUAUUACGGCUAUUCACAACAGUCACUUUACUGUAUAUAGAACACGAUGGCGGCCGAUGGCCGCCGUACCAGUCGAAGCAUGUGGUGAGAUCUGCAUGAAAUAAGCUGCUAUGAAAGACGUAUUUAAGAAGAGAGUUAAUUGAUUCAAUUAACAGGGUGUGAUAUAUUAGAAGGAAGCUAAUGUUCUGGGUUAAAUAGAAAUAAACCAGUAGAGCGUGAGGGAGGCGUUCGGAGGCUCAGGAGUUGGGUCAAUUAAGAGCGAAAGUAAUGUUUACAAUUGACUGUGCACUCUCAUUCGUCAACUCCUAUUUAGUCUUGAACAAAUAAAACAGUCGCGUAUUUUAGGGAAAUCGAUAAACAACAGGUGGCGGGCCUUAGCUUAUACAACAAUUAUAAUGAUAUUUAUGUAUGAAUAAAAUACUUAUAUUCCACAUUUAUCGGCCACUA